CGACAUCGCGCCGGCAUCAUGGGGAAUGGCAUGAACAAGGUGCUUCCUGGUCUUUACGUAGGUAAUUAUCAGGAUAGCAAGGACGCCGAUCAAUUGGAGCGUUUCGAAAUCACGCAUAUUCUGGCUAUUCACGACACAGCUCGUCGUUUGCAUUCCGACAAGCAUUAUUUAUGCAUCUUAGCCGCCGACAGUCCUGAUCAGAAUUUGUCGCAAUACUUUUCUCUGUGCAACGACUUUAUUCAUGCCGCCCGUCUUCGCGGCGGAAACGUUCUGAUCCAUUGUUUGGCGGGAAUGUCGAGGAGCGUGACAGUAGCGGUGGCUUAUAUCAUGAGCACCACCAAUCUAUCUUGGAAAGAAGCGCUCAAAGUCGUUAGAGUCGGUCGUUCGAUUGCAAAUCCGAAUGUUGGUUUUCAACAACAGCUCAAGGAUUUCGAGUCUAGUCGUUUACAAGACGAGCGUAAUAGGUUGAAAGAACGAUUCCCUAGCCUCGCUCUCGCCGAGUCCGACGCGGAAGUCUGCAGAUCCACCCUGAGGAAUUACGAAACAUUGGCUCUAGCGAAAGAGGUUUGCGAAGGUAAAUGCGCCAUGGGACGCACUUGUCCGACCGGGCUUUGUCGUCAGACAACUAAGAGGACUCUGAGAAGGAAGUCAUCCACCAGCAGUAUCGGAAGCGUGUCAUCUGGCAGGACACCUCCGCAAACACCACGGAUGUUACCAUCCGCACCACCCUCACCGGCUUUGCACAGAUCAUCUAGCGUUAUGUCCACAUCGAGACCGAGGAGUGGACCGGCAGGAUUGCAUUCUUAUACAGGAGGAUCCGCUCCUCCUUCUAGGGCUGUGUCGAGGGUGGAUCUUUCGGCGGCGGUCGCCUGCAGCAGCAGCAACACCAAUCUCUCCGCCGUAGGCAGAUCGAGUGCGUUCUCUAGUAACAAUUGGAGAUUGACCGCCGGUUCCGCGCCGAAUACGCCGAGACCGACACCGCCGGUCUCGCCACAACGCUGGCCAAGGCGACUCUCGAAUCGGCCGCAAUUGCCGGCACCACCGGAAUCGCAUCCUUCGACGAUGACGUAG